CAGAAUCUUGUUAAUUUGAAACAUAUUGACCUCAGUGACUCCAAGCAUCUAUGCAGAAUGCCAGAUCUCUCACUUAUUCCAAAUCUUGAGAGCUUGAUUCUGAAAGGUUGUGGAAAUCUGCAUAACAUUUUCUCUUCUAUCCACAAUCUUGAUAAUCUUGUUGUCUUGAAUCUACGAGGAUGCAAAAACAUGGACAUGCUUUCAAUCAGCCCGCAGUGUAGAUCUCUUCGGGAAGUUAUUCUCUCUGAUUGCUCAAAUUUGAAAUCAAUUUCAUAUAUCCCUUGUGCAGUAGAAGAGUUGGACUUAGAUGGAGCUGCAAUUGAAGAAUUGCCAUCACUAGAGCAUCUAUCUAGACUAAGAUUUUUGAGUCUUGAGAACUGUUCGGAGCUUAAGAAUCUCCCUGAGAGUAUUCGCGGGUGUAAAUCUCUUGAAUAUCUUUCUCUUUCAGAUAGUUCAAAACUUGACAGAUUGCCUGAAGGCUUGGGAAAUUUAACAGCACUGGUGGAACUUAAACUCGAGGGAAUUUCUGUAAGAGAAGUACCACCGUCUAUAGCUUGUUUGAACAACCUUGAGAGACUCUCUUUGGCGAGAUGUACGAUUGAGAAUCCACUGAGUUUGCUACCGCAUGAUUCAUCUUUCUUGAACAAACUGGUGGAGCUAGAUCUAUCUCACUCUUCUAUCAAAGAGUUAACCAGCAAUAUCGGCCAAUUACGUUGUCUGGAAGAAUUAUCGAUAGGAAGAAACAAUUUUGAGAGUCUUCCAGGGACUAUUAAAGAUCUCUCUGAAUUGACAUGGCUUGAUUUAUCCGAUUGCCAGAGACUUAAAUCCUUACCGGAGCUUCCACACAAGUUAACAUCUCUAGAAGCAUGCGGCUGCAUUUCACUUGAAGAAUUAUCAAGUGUACCAACUCGUGUCAAAGGUAUGUGGGAUUGGGUGACUGUUAACUUCAACAAUUGUUACAAACUGAAAUUACAUGCAAAGGCUCUACUCAAUAUUCAGAGUGAUGCAGUUACAUGGUUUCACAGUAAGGAAAGAGAAUCCGACAUGUUAGAGGUACAACGCCAUUUACAUGGUUCCUAUGUACGUGGUACCAUAUUUUACCCUGGAAGCGAAAUUUCAGAUUGGUUUGACUUUAUAAGUAGUGAAAGUUUUAUAAAGCUUCCAACGGGUUGCCUCAAUGAUAACGUAAUCGGUUUCGCUUUGUGCGUUGUAUCAUCUCCAUUCCCGAAUGGAUAUUUGAGAUCCAAUGCUGUCGCACCUACAUUUGAUCUUUUUGUUGACAAGAAGCCCAUUUUCCGGGACAUGGCACUCUAUAAUGAAUAUUCACACAAUUAUGUUUUAAAAUCAGAUUUUGAUUAUGUAAGCAUAGGAUUCGAGUUCAUAAUUUUGUCUGAAUUGCUUACACUCAGUUCGAAUAGCGAAGGUUUUGUUAACUUCUUCUCACUUGAUGAUCCUUUUCCUCCGGGCAAGUUGAAAAAGUGUGGAGUCAAAUUGUUGUACGCCAAAGGUAAUGAUUUGUGAACAGAUGCAAGAGUGGACAGAGACUAGAGAUUGAAAUCUAUAAAUGGCUCUAAUGAUGAUUGUAUGUAAAAAGGCUACAGUAAGUGGACUCAAACAUUGAAUUAAAUUUUAUUUAUUUAGUGUGAUAUUUAUUUGUCAAA